AUGGCCCGCGCUUGGAUUUCACUAAGUGCCCUCCUGGCCGUGUCUGCCACUCUGUGCCACGCUGAGGACACCUGUCCAGGAGAAAAGGGAUCCCCUGGAAUUCCGUGGAAGAUGGGUCCUACAGGGAUGAAAGGUAAAAAGGGAAGUCCUAGAAUCCAAGGACAAAAAGGUAACAAGGAAACAAUUAUGGAUUUGGUUAUUUUAUGUCAACAUUUGUAUUCACUAUCGUAUCUCCAACGUGUCCCUUCCGUGUCCCCGGCAGCUGCACAGAACUGUAAGGAGCUGAUGGAUCAAGGAGCAUCUCUGAGCGGGUGGUACACGGUGCACACGGAUGACGGGCGUCCUGUCACGGUGCUCUGUGACAUGGAGACAGAUGGCGGAGGAUGGCUGGUUUUCCAGAGAAGGGUAGACGGGUCGGUGGAUUUCUUCCGAGGUUGGGACUCGUAUAAGAAAGGCUUUGGCGUGCAGAGCAGUGAGUUCUGGUUGGGGAACGAACAUAUCCAUCGCCUCACGUCCAAAGCAAAGUCCGAGCUUCGCGUUGAUUUAAUGGAUUUUGAAAACAACCGAACCUAUGCCAAGUACAGCGACUUCCAAAUGGCAGGGGAAAGCGCCAACUAUACCUUGAGUCUGGGCAAAUUCCAGGGUGGGACUGCAGGCGACUCGCUCUCCCAUCACAGAGACGCACCAUUUAGCACCAAAGACAGAGAUAACAAUCCCGCUAAGACAUCCGACUGUCCCACUAAUUACAGAGGCGGUUGGUGGUAUACGGCCUGUCACGGCUUCAACCUUAACGGCGAGUACCUCCGGGGCGAGCACAGCACUUAUGGCAUCGUCGUUAACUGGGCAACAGGCCGUGGGUUAAAAUACUUUUACAAGAUUUCGGAAAUGAUGAUCCGACCGCAGUCUUAGAAGACGAGAAAGUCUUGCUGUCAAUAGCCGGAGAGCGCAUUAUAGUCUCCUAACUGCUGGUAGAACCUACUGGGGUGGCCGCUUUGGGAAUUUGCCUUUGAGUGCCAAGUGGUGUUGGGCAAAAUGUACUUAAUGCCACCAUGCUUGUUAUACGGCUCAGCCUCCAUGUAAGGCCCAUCCGGCCCCCGUCUAGUCGCCCGUUUCUCCUGCUGUAAAGAAUCAAACCUUAAUCAGUGGUUGGUCUCGUCUUAGAUUCAGGAGCCGUAUGUCUAUCCCGCGCAUGUUUAAUCCCCUCACUGUAUUACCCUCUACUGCUUCCGUUCCCUCGAUUUACCAGUCACAUCUGGUUAGAUGGAUUUGCUAUAAUAAACGUUUCUUUGCAUCUCA